AUGAGUAAUUCCGUUGAAACUUCCGGAAGUGCAGAGAGGAAAAUUGCGAAAAAGUGCUGCUGCUUGUGCGGUGACCAAAAACUAGCAAAACGCUACAAGGAGAGCAACUCAUUAAUUGUGAGCUUGGAAGAGGCGCACGAUCCUACUGAUGACCAUGCUGACGUGGACGAAGAUCAGGAACCACAAACGCCUUUGUACAAAAAAAUGAAAUUAUGGGCUCAAACUUCCACCAUGGAUACGUCAUCGCAAUUAUAUUAUCGAUGGCUGGGUUUAGUGUCAUUGACAGUUCUCUACAACUGCAUUAUCCUCCCCAUGCGCACCGCCUUCACGCAAUUCCACGAACUUUCUCCCCCUGUUUGGAUGUGCAUAGACUACUGCAUUGACUUCAUCUACCUCCUCGAUAUAUGGGUUGGCUGCAGAACAGGUUAUCUCGAGGAGGGUCUGGUAGUGACUGAUGUGGUCAAACUGCGCAACGCCUACAUCAAAAAAUCUGAUUGCCUCAUGGACGUGUUCGCCGUCCUUCCGACGGACUUACUCUACAUCUCUCAGGCCUUCACGCACUACGCCGCCUGGCUACGCCUGAACCGCCUCCUGAAGGCCUACAAGGUCUUUGAGUUCAUCGCCCGCACUGAAACACGCGCCUCCUUUCCCAACGUGUUCCGUGUGAUCACUCUCACUGCCGGCAUUCUCAUUCUCAUCCACAUUAACGCCUGCAUCUUCUUCGAGGUUAGCACACAAACAGGACUCUGUGAAAACUCGUUCGUGUACCCGCCUCGUUCCACUGACGAUAUCACAGAUGAGCCCUGCAAUCUCACAGAGCGAUGGCAGUCGAUUUUCUCCCAGUACACCUACAGCUUCUAUUGGUCAACGCUGAUCCUCACUACAAUCGGCGAGACUCCAAAACCAGUUCGAGAUGGGGAGUACAUUUUCAUCACCAUCGACUUCCUUGCUGGUGUCCUCAUCUUCGCCACAGUCGUCGGUAACGUUGGAGCCAUGAUCGCAAACAUGAAUGCCCAAAAGACAGAGUUCCAAGCGCAAAUGGACAGUGUCAAACGCUACAUGGAAUACCGAAAAGUGAGCAAGGGCCUGGAGCGUCGAGUCAUACAGUGGUUUGACUACCUCUGGUCGAAUAAGCAAUCCCUGGAGGAGGAGAAUGUUCUCGCAAUUCUACCAGAUAAACUAAAGGCUGAAAUCGCCAUCCACGUACACUACGACACGCUCCAGCGCGUCAAGAUAUUUCAGGACUGUGAUCCCGGAUUACUGGUGGAACUUGUUCUGAAGCUGAAGCUCCAGAUUUUCUCCCCAGGAGAUUACAUCUGCCGCAAGGGCGAUAUCGGGAAGGAGAUGUACAUUGUUAAACGCGGAAAAAUAAGCGUAGUUGCAGAUGACGGAAAAACAACGUUUGUGACGUUGGGCGAGGGCACGGUAUUUGGGGAAAUCUCCAUCCUUAAUAUCGCUGGCAACAAAACAGGGAACCGCCGGACAGCAAACGUCCGCUCCGUGGGAUAUUCCGAUCUCUUUUGUCUCAGCAAAGACGAUUUAUGGGAGGCGCUGACGGAGUACCCUGAAGCGAAGGAAAAACUCAUGGAGGCCGGUCAGCAGAUGCUAAGAAAGGACAACUUGUUGGACGAAGAACUUCUUCGCAAAGCCGAAGAGAACAGAGAAACUAUUGAGGAGAGGGUCAAUAGAAUUGACGCAACACUGGAACAGAUAGGCACAAAACUAGCUCGGCUCCUGGGAGAGUACGGAUCAAGCCAGGCGAAAAUAAAGAGAAGAAUAACUCGACUUGAGAACCAGCAAUUCAACUCACUCCAAACAAGUAUUGAAGAGGCUUUUUCAAAGUGA